GCCACAUUUUAGCUAUUCAUUCUAGACAGGGAAGAAGAAGGCGUAGCGGCGGCGACGCGCUUAGGGGAGGGAGAUUUUGAGAGGUUUUCGCUUCGAUCGGCGCCGCGCGGUAAUGUAAAUCGAGUGGGAAGCUUGGAGCGCUCCCGGAUUAUGCAGGCCUCGGGCUCCAAUCUCUCGGUUGUGCCCCAGCAGCUCAAGCCGGCGUGGCUGGAAUCUCUGCUGAGCGAGAAAUUCUUCACAGCGUGCGCCAGGCACGCGGCGCUCAAGAAGAACGAGCGAAAUAUCUUCUGCGUCGAUUGCACGGGGAGCAUUUGCCAGCACUGCCUCUCCAGCCACAGGAAUCACAAGCUCUUGCAGGUUCGCAGAUACGUCUAUCACGAUGUAAUCCGGCUGCAUGACAUCCAGAAGCUCGUCGAUUGCUCGCAUGUACAGACUUACAUAAUCAACAGCGCUAGAGUAGUUUUCUUGAACCAAAGGCCACAGCCGCGACCACCGAAAGGCCUUGGCAAUGUCUGCGAGACGUGCGAUCGAAGCUUGCAAGAGUCAUACCGUUACUGCUCAGUUGGAUGCAAGGUUGAUGCUGCCUGCAAACAAGGGAACGAUCUCGCGAGCCUCCUCCCUCGCUGCAACUCGCUGCAGCUCUCGGAUUUCCCAGUCUCUCCAGCGGGAAGCUCCAAGGACGACGACAAGCCCGACGACGAGGAGCUAUCUCCAAAUUCCAUCCUCGAGGACCAGGACUCUGAUACAUCCUCGGGUUCCACAGCCAACGAUGGCAGCUCCUACGCAGUGACCUCCACCGCGACGACAUCAUCCACGCCGCCACCAGCAGCGGCUAAAGCUGCGCCCGCGCGGAAGAAAGUUCGAAGCUCGCGGGGGAUCAAGCAAGUUGUAGCCGCGGCUGCCACAGCAGUUUUCUCAUCGGGAGGAGGUCGGCGGAAGAGCACGCCUCACAGGUCCCCGUUAAGCUGAAACGGGCAAGAUCACACGGCGUAACUUAUCGAGAUUAGAGCGGUCGCUGGUUCUUUUUUCUUUCUUUCUUUUUCCUUGUCAAUGGUUUUCCUUUCCUCUUUUCUCGCUGUUGGUCGGUUCUCUAACUGAUAAGUUUCUGUAGCGGGGACGAGUCCUCGAGAGCUCUUUGGACAAGUGGACUACGAUUCUGGAGUUUGGUCUUUUCUUUCCUGUAGUUUCUUUAAUCCGUGAUGAUGCAAACCUUGGGGUGAGACACAUAGUGCCUGGUGCUGUCAAGAUAUCGCUGGUGCAUGCCUGGAUGCUCGCUCGCUCGCUCGCUCGCUCUCUCACUCUCACCACUGACUGCGAGGAACUUUCAACUGGCCUUUGCUUAUAAUUCGCGGUGGUAAAGAAAGAUUUGGAGUGGAGAGCUCUCAGAUUUUUCUCACAGACACUCACACCUUCCUGCAAAUCUUUUGCUGCUGCUACCACUGCUACUGCCGCUGCCCGCUGCUGCUGCUGCUAAAAUCACUGCUCCAAUGUAUUUUUUUCUUUUAUACAUUUUACUUAUUCUAUUUGACA